AGGAGGCAAGUGAAGAGGGAAUAGCAGUGUUUUCCUUUUCUCAAACGAACCACUAUUACUCAAACUAGCAUGUAGCAUUUUCCAUUUUCCUCUUCUCGAGCUGGAGAAAGUGCUUUUUCCUUAAAAGCUGCUGUAGCUAAUGACAGAAGACUGAAACGUAAAAAAUGGCCAAAAUCAUGUACGAUCUCGAACAAGCUCUCAGGUCCAAAAAGGAGAAAAUAAGACCUGAAGAGGAAGACUUUUUCCGAGCGUGCAAGUCCGAUGCCGGUCGGUUUCUUAGGCUUAACACUCUUGCUGCCGGUUGCCUUAUGUAUUCAGCAACAGGGAGACUGAAUUUGCUUUCUCAAAUCAGCCUUUCAGGAGUAACUGCAGCUUUAUUUGGGUUGUGGAGGUGUGGUCAGCGCUUUGAUUCAUGGGUUGAUCGUGUUUUUGCACGCACUGGAGAUCGAAUGCAGUUUGAGUUGGCAAAGAUGCCUCUGAAAAGGAGCAAAUAUACCAGAUAUUCUAAAGAUAAACCAGAAAAAGCAAGUCAAGUAGCUAACCUGUGUCAUGAGCUACGACGUAAGAUUUUGGAAGCAACGCUAAGAGACCCGGAUCAGCCAAAACAACUGUGGCGGUAUCGAAAUCGCUCUAAUGAUUUUAUUCGUGGUCAAAGUGCACACGAGAGUGACUCUCCCAGCUACUCCAAAAGUGACUCCAACAGCAACUACCAUGCUGACUCACACAAAAACCACACGAAUUCCUACAACACAACGCAUAGUGACCCCCGUGAUGACUCUGAUAGCAAAAGAUCUAAUUCUGAGUCCAAACAAGUUCCUGGGAACCCUGGAAUUGAUCUGAUGGAGAAUCCUUUUGAUUGCGUUUUCGGUAAUCUGGCUCUAAGGGAUGAGAUACGUAUCCCUAGUACGUCAAGCAUUCCCCCCGGGACACAUGCUCGUGACCAUAAGAGAUCUCACCGGAGGCGUCGAAUGCGCCGUCAGGAUGUCCCCAUAAAUUCUCAACAUCUGGGAUAAUCAAGAGAAGAAAGAUGAAAGAAACUAUUAGUUGUGAUUAUGAGAAGACUGAUUUGAGAGUUUGAAGAUUGGCAAUGUGAAUUAUGUAGGAAUGUAUUGAAGUUCGGGGAUUUAUGGUCAUUUCAUCAGAUAACUAUUCCCCCCAAUAACUUCCUUCGCUUUUUAGUUUUUAUGGAUGGAAGGCCAUUGGUUACUUGUAUUAGCUGAAACUAAAGAUUUCAAGCUAACUAAAGCCUGCCAAAAUCAAGACUGCGGAAUGAAAGGCCGCUUCAAGCACCGAAAACUUGAACACUUGAGCCCAUUUAAUGGCGGCAGCAGUGGCGGGGCGGCAGCUUGAUGAUGAGAAGAAUCUUAAUAAAAAUAGCCUAAUAUGAUAGGCAUUGUUGGAUUGAACAAUAAUGUUUCGACAUAUAAAUGCUCCAGUAUUUAUGAGGUGGUAAAAGAAUAGGUAGGAUGGGUUUUCCUACUUUUCCAUAUGCCUUGCCUUUCAAGUCUGAUUGGGUUUAAACUUUAAACCCAGAAUUUUAUAACACCAACUUAUAAGGAAUGUUAUAAGGAUUUCAUUAUAUUUAAUUUGGUUGGUCGUAUUUA